AUGUCUAGCUCCCGUGGACUCGUCUCGUUUUGGCGUGAAUCGACGCAUCUCCCCUUUCUCUACCUGACGCAGACCCUGACGACCCCAGUCCAACGGCCGCAGCCGUACCGACAUCACCAGCUUGCAAGCUAUCCCCAAAGGUGCCCAUUCUCGAAUUCCAGCCGGCAAGAGAUAAGAUCACAUCUUGGACGACGACAUACGAGCUUCCGAGGUUCAACGUCUAGCCCUACAUCCCGAGGUGUGAAAGCGGCCGGUGGCCUCUGCGUAGACCACGAUGAACAUAUACCUCCAAAUGACAACCUCUCGAACCAGGAGAACCGAGAGAUAACCAAUAUCUUCACUUCGGUUCUAAGUUCAAUGAGUGAAAUUCACAAUCCAAAGAGCCGCAAGACAUUCCAACGGCCACUGGAUACUCUGACCAAAUCUGGAAUUGACAGAGUAAACGUGAAUGAUAAACUACACAACUUCCGGUUCACCGAAGUGGACCCAUCAGCACCAGACGAAGCAAAGUUUGCUGGCAUUGAUCUUUCUGUUCCUGCAUUUGCUGUAGCACAAAAGGAAACGAAACGAAUCUGCAAGGAGAUUGAUGACGCCGUGUUGGACGGAAGAGGUGAUCUCGGUAUUUGGAAAAUUUGCGAGAAUAUGAUAUUUCCGAUGCUAAAGCAAGCAGGCUUGGAUGAAUCACAGCCACCUUGCUCGUCGGUAAACCAUCCUACUACGACUUCACUCGGGGAUGAUGUCUCAGGCAGAUUAUCCACCCGUCCAAACGGCAAUGGCUCCUAUCAAUCAAUACACGUCCACCCAGAUGUACCUGUUGUAACUGUUGUCAGACAUGUAUAUCCCGCCACCCUUCUCCACGCCCUGCGGAUUCUUCAAAAUAAGUUUCCAAUGUCCCCACUCACCACGCGACUAUUUGAGAGCAUAAGGGCCCACGGGCGAGCUUCUUUAAUUAUGGGUUCGUCAAAGGAACUCUUUCACGAGUUGAUUGAUUUCCGCUGGCGCGUCUACAAUGACUUACCCUCUAUCGUGUCAUUGCUAAAGGAGAUGGAGGAAAACGGCGUCGACUUUGAUAAGAGAACUCUGGAGUUGGUUGAACGAAUCCGACAACGCGGGGCGCGGGAAAUAAUGAAAACGAGACAGGUAGAUGGAAGAGGCAGAAACAGCAGCAUUAAAGGCAAAAACAGGAGAGCAGGCAGCGGUGGUAGCAACACCGGUGGUACUUGGUGGGAUUCACCUGCUAUUCGAAAAGCAUACCGAGAACUUGCCAGCUGGGCGAAGGGAAUGGAUGCACAAAUUCGAGACUUCAAAGAACUUGAAGAGAAAGCGCAGGAGAUAUGGAGUAUCAAACGCCCAUGA